CCGGGCUUCAGCCUGAGUGGCCGAGCUCACAGCCAAGGCUGGGCUUGAGCGGCGUGUGGGCGUGGAAGGAAGGUCACUGGUGUGGGGGACACAGACGUGGUCUCUGGGCAGGGGCUCCUGUGUCUCUCAGCAUUGCAGCCACUUGAGCCAGCCCUCCCCUCAACCAGGGGCUGGACCGGUGCCCAUACAGGGGAGUUGUGUGAGGCUGGAGGGCGGCGGGUCUAGGGCCCAUGGGGACGGCAGCCGUAGCCCCUCUGUCCGGGACCCUCACUGGCCUCCUGCCCUCUGGCCCUCGGGACCAGCCCAGGCCUGGCCUUUGCUGCCUCUCCACCCCCACCCUGGCCCCAUCGCUGCCGUCCUCCCCAGGUGCCCCCAGGGGAGCCUGCACUCAGCCCAGGGUCACGGCCUCCAGGUCCCCCCAGGGCCGCCUCCCGCACAGAUGCCUGGAUGGGGCACACGCAGAUGCUGGCUUCUCUGGGGCCUGGUCCUGGGGGUGUUGAGACCUCUGUGGAGGGGUCGGGUGUGGGUUCCACACCCACCGGUGGCCCUGCAGCCUGUCUGUCUGUCUUUCUGUCCCUCUGUCUGUCUGCAGGGGCAUACAAUUUUGGCUUCGAAUGUGUCGACUGUGCCGAGGGGACCUUCUCUGGGGGCAGCGAGGGCCACUGUAGUCCUUGGGCAGACCUUUAUAGCCACAUCCUGCGAGGAAAACCCCCAGACUCCCGUGCUGCCGGUGCGAUGAGGUGUGUGGGUGCCCGGUGGCCCAGCGCGCUCCACUCCGCCCUGCUGCUCCUGGGGCUGGGGGCUGCGGCCCAGCCCGUCUGCAGGGAGAACACCUACCCCAGGGGCAACAAGUGCUGUAAGGAGUGUGACCCAGGUUUCCAGAUGGUGAGCCGCUGCACCGACAGCCGGGACUCGGUGUGCCGUCCGUGUAAGCCGGGCUUCUACAACGAGGCCGUGAACUACGACACCUGCAAGCCCUGCACUCAGUGCAACCAGCGAAGUGGGAGCGAAAUCAAGCGGAUAUGCACAGCCACCAACGACACCGUCUGCAGCUGCCGGCCCGGCACCCAGCCCCUCGGUGGCUUCAAGCGAGGAGUUGACUGCGCCCCGUGCCCACCAGGACACUUCUCCCCCGGUGACAACUCGGCCUGCAAACCCUGGACCAACUGCACCUCGGAGGGGAAGCGCACCCUGCGGGCUGGCAGCAACAGCUCCGACGCCGUCUGCGAGGGCAGGACGCCCCCAGCCACCCUUCCUGAGAAGACCCCAGGCCCCCCAGCCCAGCUCCCCACCACCCUGCCCCCCACCGCCUGGGCCAGGCCCUCACAGGGGCCUGCUAUGCCCCCUGCAGAGCCCCCCAGGGGCCCGGAGCUGGCCGCCGUCCUGGGCCUGGGGCUGUGCCUGGGCCUGCUGGCCCCGGUGGCCGCCGUGCUGGUCCUGCUGCAGCACUACAAGGCCUGGAGGCUGCCCACCCACCACGCCAAGCCCCCCGGAGGCAGCGGCUGCCGGACCCCCGUGCAAGAGGAGCACUCGGACGCCCACUCCGCCCUGGCCAAGCUCUGAGCAGCCGCACCGGGUGGCAGCCGGUGCCCCGGCACCCCUUUGGCCUGUCGCUCCAUCGCCCCGUCCCCCUGGCACCUGUCGCCUGCCCUGCGCCGUUCUAGGUGCGCCUGGGCUCGCCCCCGGGCUCGGCUAUGUAUGCUGUGCAUACUCCACCCGGGGGGGCCCCAAUAAACGG